AUGUACGCUCCACCCGGCGUAGACUCGGAUAGCAGCGGGGAAGAAAUGACGCCACCUCCAACGCCUCCUCCUCCCAAAGCUCCUCGCCCUCACUUCAAAUUCAGCUCCCUCUUCACUCCUACCAGAAAGCUGGAUCUCCCUCCAUCUCCUGCCUCAACGGCAUCGCACGGUAAAACGACAGAGAAACGGGAGGAGCCGGCGAAAGAGGAUGCGAAGAAGGAAGAAAUCAAGCCUACCAAGAAGAGCGUCAGGAUCUUUGCUGGAGAGCUGCUGGGGCAGAAAGGGAGCAGGGCGGAAGGUUUAACGACCACGAGGGGAGAUAGGGUUGAACCCGAGCCGCCGUCACCGCCUGUAGAAGAUGCGUCUUUUGGAGCGCCACAUCCGGAGAUGAUUGACGUGCAACAGGACCAUGCUGAUACCUCCCCGGCCACAGGUGUCGCAAAUGAGGUGUUGGUUUUGCUUCGUCAGCUGGUAGCGGAUACCCACACUAAAGGUAAAGACAGAGACUCCCAUGGCGCUGGCGACGCUGUGGGAAGGUCAUCACCUCAACUGAAAGUCGACAAGGCAGAGCCACCCGCCACUCCUUCAGCGCCCUUCUCGGCACCUCCAAUCCCCACAUUCCAGGCCUUUCCUCCGCAUAUCUGCUAUGGACCUGGACCUUGGAUGGGGUAUGCUCAUCCUGGGUGGGAUGGGCUACAGGGUGCUUACCCUGGGUUCGUGGGAGGACAGCCCGUAAGUGCACCUUUGGGGACGGCAUCCCAAGUCGGAGCGGAUGUCUCCUCACCGACGCCUCCAAUAUCAUCCUGCCCGAACGCCGCCGAAAGAGGUGUCCCAAAAGAAGGGAAAGAAAAGAAGAUCGCGGGUGGUGAUGAGGGCGAGUCGAGUAAGAAGAUUCAAGGACAGUCGGCAAAGGAUGAGCUUGGCGAAAGGAAGACUGAACUUUCUCCGACGCAGAGCUCACAGCUCGUAAAGACAUCAACCCGGCACCCUACCACUUCCGACACACCAAAGUCCUCCACCGACUACUCAGCCUUGAAGAAAUCCCUUGAUCGAUACAAGACCAUGUAUCGAACUGCUGUCAAACGUUAUGAGGCGGGAGGGGAAUCCGAAGAUAUCAUGAAGGAUCUGAAGGCAGAAGUCAAGAUGCUCGAAGUGAAGAUCAAAGAGCUCAAGGCGAAGAUGGAAAAGUUUGAGCGGGCUACAACAUCUGAAACCCCCUUGACCUGCCAGGCCACAGGAGCCAUUGACGGGACUACCGAUAGCCCUGCAUCCGACGCCGCUAAGUCAUCCAAGGAGGCCACCCCUCCCGAUCGUCCAUCGAAUCUCGAAGCCGACGUCGCGCGGUACAAAAGCGAGUACGCGAAACUUUUCAAAAAGUAUCAAGAGGGCGAGGGUGGUGACGACAUGAAAAGCCAACUUAAAGACCAGCUGAAGAAGCUGGAGAGUAAAAUCAAAAAAGCCACCGACGCCCUGGGACAGUCGAAGAAGUCUCGGGAUGCCAAGACCACCUCUGAAACCGGUAGCAACGUGCAAGAAUCCACAUGGGAUGAGCCUUCGGGAUCUACUAACGCCGCCCGGGACAUCUCAGGCGGGUUACCACCCGAAGAAAUUAAGAAACGGCAGGAGAGCUCGCCCGAUAUACCUCCCGCCUCCAAACUCGAAGAUGACAUCAAACAAUGCAAACACGAAUACAGCAAAACCAUGAAAGCGUAUCAAAAGGAUGGGAUUGAGAGCGAGGAAAAGGAAGUUCUGAAAGUCCGGCUGAGGAAGCUAGAGGAGAAAAUCGGAAAGUUGUCGGGUACGGGUGAAGCGAAAAGUCCUCAAGACAGGCCCAUGCCUGCUAAGUCUUCUCAAGACACGUCUGGGGAUCACAAAGUUACAAGCCAAGAUAAGGCCAAAGAUAACACUACAUCUUCUAGCUCAACUAGAGAGCCCGCGACCGAUGAUUCUGUUCCUGCAAAGCCUCUCAAGACCGACAAACCUCCCCCCGACCCUCGUCCCUCGGGAGUUUCGCGGUCAAAGCUUGUUUCCGAUGUGAGCCGGUACAAGAACGAAUACGAAAAAGCGCUCGACAUGUACAAAAAGGGCAAUAUCAGCGACAAAGAUGAGGAGAAGCGCGUGAAAGAGCAGGUCAGAAAUCUGGAAAGCAAAUUUAAAAAGGCUUCGGCUCUGUUGGAACAGGCAAACAAAGAACUAGAGGCGACUAGUGAUGUGAUCGACCAGGAAUCCAAAGAGAAUUUGGAAUCUUCUCAGAUGCCUGCUCCCAAGGUCUCUUCUCGUGCUACUAUGACCCAAUCGCCGCUGAGAGAGCCUCUCCCUGCAGACUCCGUAUCCUCGACUACUGCUUCAUCCGGGCCCCUGUCCUCCAUGCAGAUUCAGUCUGAUAUCAAACGGUACAAGACCGAGUAUGGCAAAGCCCUGGAAUCAUAUCAGAAGACAGACACCGUCGAAAAUGAGAAGAAACGUUUGAAGCACGAGUUGAAGAGGCUGGAAGGCAAAAUCAAUGAGGCGUCAAAACUUUUGGGGCAAGCGAAUGAUAGGGACGACAGGGAAGUAACACUCAAAGAAGGAGCAGCCGGGGCGAAAACGAACCAAAUUCCGAACCCUCCAAGGGAACCAGCCGCUGAUUCUACCGCCCUUUCCUCCAGAGCGGCAAGCAAGCAGCCUGACCGUUCUGACCCCUCAGCAUCAACUAACGACAUAUCUGCCGAGCAGCUGAAGGAAAAGGCAGCCAGAUACGAAACCCAAUAUCGCCAUAUCGUCAAAGCGUAUAAACAGGACUCGCUCCCGGAAGGUGAGAAAAGUCGGCUCGAGGGCGAGAUGAACAAAUUCGAAUUGAAGCUGAAGGACAUCAAUGGGAGACUCGAAGCUGGUCUAGCUACGAAGAUGCCCAAAGACCUUAAGCAGAGUGUCCAAGAGAAGGCCAGGGAGAAGGACGAUGGGAAGGCUGAGGAGAAGACCGACGAGUAUGCUAAAGUCGAACUGGAGAAGAAGACGGACAAGAGGGCAGACGAGAGGGCUGAAGAGACUGUCCAUUCUGUAGUCACAUCAAACCGAGAUACACCUGCGGUCUCCGGCCUUGAUACAGGCAAGUCCCAUGCAUCAGAAUCCGAUAUACCUCCGAAUGCUACCGCGCAAGGUGCUACGAAGUCGCCAUCAUCAUCCCCAAACCUGCAAGAAUAUGUCAAAAAGUACAAGACGGUGUAUGCCCUUGCUGUCAAAGCUUACAAACAAGACGGCUUGUCGGACGAGGAGAGGCGUAAGAGGAAAGAGCAGGUCAGGAGGGCGGACGAGAAGUUGAAAGAGGCUACUCGGGCGCUCGAGAAGAGUGCCUCGGAUGGAGAGACCAGACAGCGUCCUCCAGAGAAGACAAAGCAGCCUGCGGGAGGGGGCGCAUCGACUUCUGAACCCAGCAAAGCACCUUCCAAGUCAUCUUCACCAGUGCCGCCCACUGCAUCUGAUGCCGAGCGUUACGUGGUUCAAUACAAGGCCACUUACCAAGAGGCUAUGAGAGAGUACAAGGCUUCUGGGCUCUCUGAUGAUGAGAGGAAAGAUCGGAAGGAGAAGGUGCGGCGCGCCGAGGCAAAGUUGAAGGAGGUCAUGCAAGCCGUUGCAGAAGAUCCCAAGAAGAUUCAAGAAGGCGGCGUUGACGAGAAGGUGCCGCCACACUUGGGAAAUGCCAUUGAGGUCAAAGGGGAGGCUUUACACACGGAUGUGAAGGUCAAAGCAGACCCGACAGAUGUCAAAUCUCAAGCUUGCGACCAAACGCCGGAGGCAUCUGCAAAAUGCGCCACUUCUUCUGUGAGCCCUAAAGCGCUGCCCUCCAAACAGCCACCUACUUCCCCGCCUUUUACCCAAAACCCAGCCGAGAUGGACAAGCGUCUCAAGCACUACAAAGGCAAAUAUGCUACCCUUGUCAACGCCAUGAAGGAUCAAUCUCUCAGUACCGAAAAGAAAGAAGCAAUGUCGAGAGAAGCGGAGGGGCUGAAAGCGAGGGUGAAGGCUAUGGAAGUGGAAGAGAGAAAGGGAGAGCACCCGAGAGAGGUCAAGGCUGAUCGAACUGGCGCCAAGGCUGACAACUCUGAGUCUGAAGGCAAGUCUGAAGGCAAGACUGAUCGCAGUGACUCAGGCGCAUUGCCGGUUUCUGCCAAACCAGUACGCGCCGACAAGACGACCAUUCUUGCGCAUCACGAAGCAGAGUAUGCUCGUCUCACAAAGUCGAUCAAAGACGACUUGACGGCACAUGACAGGGCAGAAAAGAUCAAAGAGGCUGACAAGCUGAAAUCGAAGAUCAAAUCACUCAUGGCCGACCUCCCAGACUUGACAGGGGACAAAAAACAGGAAACCUUGGCAAGCAAGGAAAAGGCUUUUUGCAAAGCCGGGACCGGCCCGCCUGCUCCAGAGCUGACCCGGGCUCUCGCGCAAGUAGUAUCCGAUGAGGGACGAGACAAACAGAAGGGACCUCAAAAGGGAACAUGGGCACCCCUGAAUAUAACAAAGAGUCAAUCGCCGGCGGACAAGCAGCUGGCCAAGUCUGUCUCGCAAGUCUCUCCCAAACAGCCUCGGCCUCGAGAGAUCUUGCCUACAUCCCAAUCAACCUGGUCCGGCACUCUUGUAUCUCUCGCCAAAUGCAUAGACCUUGCCAACACCAUUCUCAACACCCUCCUCGAAACAACUCCAGAAGGCUCUAGCAUCCUCAGCACCCUCGUUUCGAGAAUCAUGACCAGCCUUCUCAUGCAGCAGGACAUUAUCCAGUCUAUGCGCAAGAUCUUGGGAGAUGAGAACGCAAGGGCAUCUGAGGAGUUUGUGCGCCACUUUAGUGAGGUCAAGAACUUUCUCGAAGGGCUCUAUAUGGGGCAUGGGACUGGAAGAACGAAAGAGGUGAGGGAAGAGAAUCUGGAGAUCGUGUCGAUCCAGAGCAUCAUUGAGUAUCUACUGGGAUUGACAGACUACCUGACGCCGGGGAUGAUUGCUGUGGCCAGACGUACAUUUGACGCAUGGCGAACGGAUGGCUUUACUCUGCAAAGUUUUGUUCAAGCCAUCAUGGGGGUUAGGAAGGAGGUGCGAGCCAUACAUGAUUUGAAAGCCCGCGGAAGAGAAGAAGAUGGCGCACAAAAGGCGAAAGGGCUGAUAAGUGUCCUGGACAUGCUCUUGGCGUUCAUCUCCCCCGAGACUUAUCAACAAGAUGAAAGGGAGCGAGAAGAACCCAUCGCAGUCUCGCAAACAAGGGAGGUCCAUCGGUCUUCAAAACGCCUAACGUAUAUCAAGGGUGUGUCACCAGACACAGACUCCUCGAAAGCACUUGGUUCGAGCGAAACCGAGCACCACCAUACUGUCUCUGAUAUUUUGCACCUCCCUUUCCGCCACCGAGAUUCCUCUACCUCAUCUACUGCACCCUCUGCCACGCGAAGUGGGCCGAAGCAAAUCGUGAUGACGGCCGAAGAGCACGUUCACCACAAUUCCAAGGCGGAUAUAUCCCACUCGCCCCUGAAACUUCCUCAGAAGACUCAGAACUUUUUGAACGGAAGUGGUGAGCCACCUCAGAUUCUAGGACAAGACACAAAGUCGCCGCAGAAUCUAACGUUCAGUGAUGAUGAACGGCAUAGAAGGCUGCAUAGGGAAGGGUCGACCGAUACUGACAUCUCACCUUCGCGAGUGAUCACUUUCAACUCUUCAUCUCUCAAUUCUCCGAGAUCUCCGGUUCCGAACGCACCUGGAGACGACAUAUGGUCCGCUCCCUCCAGAUACUCCCAAUCAUCUGCAAGUAGUUCAUUGACGGCCACUACUGACGGCACUGUCAAGUCUGACCGACAUGCUGCUCGUCUCUUGGCGCAAGCUGACAGCGGGCCGUUACCUGUCAGACAUGAUGAGAGAGACGAGGUAGAUGAUAUGCCGAACGAGGAACAGCUUGAGCCGAGUGCUGAGGAAGUGAAGAGGGCGGAGGAUGUGUUGUACAACAAGGCGUUGUCACCUGGAGCUCCUGUCAGGCCAGCCAGGCGGGUGGCGGAUAGGUUAAAGGAGGCCACCAUGGGUGGCUAGACGAUGCAUACAUACUGUACG